GCACUUCCCGCUUCCACAGAGCUACAAAAGUUCUGCCUUCAGGAUGUGGGUCAUCACAGUCAUUUCUACAGUGUGCCUCCUGGUCAGCCCAGCCCUGGCUGGGAUCAAAGACCUUGCCUCUCACUUCAUAGAGCCUACUUCUAACCCCAACCCCAGAGGCUUUGGCCAGGGAGGGGCAGUGGAUAUGGAUGCUAUCCCCUUGGACUUCCAUAAAGAGAAUACUGUCACUAAUGACCUGCCUUUUGAUGGGUUUGAGGACGAAGAUUACAUUGAUUUUGAUAGGAUCCUGGCAGAGGGCAGUGAUGACUACAUUGAAGGGGAUGAGAUAGACGAGAUCGCCACGCCAGCCCCAGACAUCGACAUCUUUGCCGAGCCCUCUGACCCAAAGAUCCGCCGUGCCAGACUCCUACGGCUGUUCCACGGUAGAUCACGCCUUCAACGACUCAAUAUUGUCAAUGCCCGCUUUGGCUUUAACCUCUACCGGAGUCUUCGUAACAGUGUCAACCAGACGGACAACAUCCUGCUUGCACCUGCCGGUAUCUCCAUUGCUAUGGGGAUGAUGUCUUUAGGGGCAGGACCUAGAACCCAUGAGCAGCUCUACAAAGCUCUGGGAUUUGCUGAAUUUGUCAACGCUAGCCAUCACUAUGACAACUCAACAGUGCACAAGCUCUUCAGGAAGCUGACCCACAGGCUCUUCCGGAGGAAUUUUGGUUAUACACUGCGCUCAGUAAACGAUCUCUAUGCAAAGAAGGAGGUCUUGGUGAAAGAUUCUUUCCGUACAGACACAAAGGCUUACUACUUUGCAGAGCCGCAGUCAGUGGACUUCAGCGACCCUGCCUUUCUGGACAAGGCCAACCGGCGUAUCCUCAAGCUGACCAAAGGACUCAUCAGGGAACCUCUAAAAAGUGUAGACCCAAAUAUGGUGCUAAUGCUACUCAACUACCUGUACUUCAAAGGCACAUGGGAGCAGAAAUUCCCCAAAGAAAUGACUUACUAUCGGAACUUCCGAGUGAAUGAGAAGACAAAUGUUCGUGUGCCGAUGAUGAGCAACAAAGGGAACUACCUUGCUGCUACUGACCAUGACCUGGAGUGUGACAUCCUACAGCUCCCAUACACUGGAAAUAUCAGCAUGCUGAUUGCCCUGCCUCGGAAGAUCUCUGGUAUGAGGACCCUGGAGCAAGAGAUCUCCCCUACUGUGGUCAACAAGUGGCUCAAGAACAUGACAAACAGGACUCGUGAGGUGGUGUUCCCCAAAUUUAAACUGGAGCAGAACUAUGACCUGAUCGAGAAUAUGAAGGAGAUGGGCCUCACUGACUUGUUUCAUGAGAACGGAGACUUCAGUGGGAUAACCUCAGAUAAGAUUGUCAUGAACUGGCUGAAGCACCAGGGAACUAUCACAGUGAACGAGGAGGGGACAGAGGCUGCAGCUCUGACCCAGGUGGGCUUCAUGCCCCUCUCCUCUCAGAUCCGCUUCGUUGUGGACCAUCCCUUCCUUUUUCUCAUCUACGAGCACCGCACAGACUGCCUCGUCUUCAUGGGCCGGGUGGCCAAUCCUUCACAGAGCUAA